ACCUGCAGUUUUUGAUUUUUUAAUUUCCAGAUGUAUUUAGCCUUGUUUUAGGCGUUAAAGUCCCGAUGUACCCGUGCAGCCGCGGGCUUUUAACGCGAGGAAACAUGUGUGCUAUCCUUGAGCUAGCUUAAUGGAGCUGAGGGUUUAGCUUGGAGCUAGCUAGGGAAGCAGCGGUAGCAUCAGCCGCUGGCUCUCCUCCUCUGUCACUAUGGACGUUGUCAGUCGCUUCUGGUUGAUCUUCACUGAACACUACAUUUAAAACAAGUUAUAGCCAUUGUUGUGUGUGUUUAGGUAGGUACAUGACAGGCUUAGCCGGUGUGUCUGAUACCUGAUACUAAUGUUAGCUCCUACUCCAGGUGGAGGCUGUACGGACCUUCUACAUUGACUGAUUGUUUUAAUGCUGCACCGUGUAGACGAGCAGGUUACAGUUCACAGCUUAUUGCAACUUCUGGUUAACCCCUCUGUGGCUUGACUUAUCACCAAACAGCCAUGACUGCUUGGAUGUCUGCAGCAGGAGGAUGAGUGCUCGCUCGGAGGGGAGAGGAUGCGACCAUCUUUCACCGAACACUGUCCGGCUUCACAUAUCGAUUAGCUGACCAACAAUUCAACACACACACAAGCUACUGCCCCCCCGGCUUUAUCAACUAGUCUCAUCCAGCUCUUCUGUCCCAUGGCCGCUGUGAGUGGUGUCAACAUGCUGUCCCAGCUCGGAGACGUGGCACCGGCAGGUCCGGGAGCAGCGUCCGUUGCCAACACGUCGGUGUCCGCCACACCUACGCCAGGUACUGAUAGCCGGGGGUGCGAGAAUGGCGCCUUGAUGGACUCGUUUGGGAUUUUCUUGCAAGGACUUCUGGCUGUGAUGGCUUUCAGCACCCUGAUGUUGAAACGCUUCAGGGAGCCGAAACAUGAGCGGAGACCCUGGAGAAUCUGGUUCCUGGACACCUCAAAACAGGCCAUUGGGAUGCUGUUUAUCCACUUUGCUAAUGUCUAUUUGUCAGACCUGACGGAGGAGGAUCCUUGCUCUCUAUACCUCAUUAACUUCCUGUUAGAUGCCUCUCUGGGCAUGUUGCUGAUCUAUGCUGGGGUGAGAGCCGUCAGUGCUAUUGUAGAGUGGAGGCAGUGGGACUCUCUGCGUUUUGGUGAAUAUGGAGAGCCAGUGCAGUGCACAGCGUGGUUGGGCCAGUGUAUCCUCUACAUUCUCAUCAUGGUGUUUGAGAAAGUCCUUAUCAUGCUUGUCCUCCUCAUCCCCCAGUGGAAGAAGCUGGCUCUCCUCAACCCCAUAGAGAAUCCUGACCUGGAACUGGCCAUCGUCAUGCUCAUCGUUCCGUUCUUCAUCAACGCCCUCAUGUUCUGGGUGGUAGAUAAUUUCCUAAUGAAGAAGCACAGGACAAAAGCAAAGCUGGAGGAGAGAGAGGAGGACUCACGGGGGAACAGCAAGGUGCGCUACAGACGAGCUCUGUCCCAUGACGACUCAGAGUCAGAGAUCCUUUUCUCGGCAGACGAUGAAAUGGAUGAGUCCGAUGAAGACGAUGUUCGACGGCUCACUGGCCUGAAGACGGUGAAGAAGAAGAAGCUUCGCAUGGGGAUCCCUGUUUGACCUGUGUGCCUAGCUAAACUGCUGCGAUCGAAUUUCCUCCGGUAGCCGUUCACCUUGCAGGCCCGCAUAAAACGUUCCCCGCACCUCCACAGAUUCAGGGUCAGCCUGAGGAGUUGACACAGUCUUUCCAGACGUCAGAUGCCCUUUGAUGACGGAAGAAUAUACUGUAGUUGAAGUCCUUUUAUUGUUGACUCCUGGAGGACUUCUGCAAAAGUCUAACUUUGGAAUUCUUUUCACACACUGGGAGAUAUUUUUUACGGUUAACCAGGUACAUCGGAUCACUGUUGCAUCUUGACGUGGCGCUCCUGGGCUGAGUGUUGUGUUUUAAAAAAGAAAGGGGGGGGAAAAGGAUCCCACCAUGAACAAACAAAACAUUGUUAAAUCCUUCAUGUAUGCAUAAUAGGAAAACCGUAACACUGGUCUAAUACUGUUUGGACUCUAGUGGCAGUGUGAAUGGGGACUAUGGUCCUGGAUCAGGUUGGUCGGAUGAAUCUAAAUGGCCACAACAGAACCAAACAUCAUGCAAACAGAACUGUUCAAUGGGUUUGUUAAAUGUGGAAAUCUAACAUGUCCUCUAAAGUGAUUGUAUUCCUGAUGUAGAUUCCAUUUUAACUUUGUCCUUUCUGUUUUCUCAAAUAGAUGUACCAACAUGGCCUGUGACGUGUGUGCGUGUGUGCGUGUGUGCGUGUGUGCGUGUGUGUGUGUGCGUGUGCGUGUGUGUGUGUGUGUAAGAGGGUGUUUACAGACACACCUCUAAUUUAGAUGAGCAUCACGUCAGAGUGCUUGAAUCACUGUAUUGAUGCAACUCCGAACACUUUCCAGUUACACGCUUAACUACUACUACAUAUCUUGUUUGUACUGUUACUCAUGUUAAAGGGAGCACAUUUAUGCUUGCAGCAACCUUCCAUUUUUAUCUCCUGGCCUUUCAACUGUUACACUUGUAGGACUGCAAGUACCACAAUGCAACAUCCGUCUAAUAUCAGCUCAGCAUGUGUUGUCCGUCUUUAGACACAAGACAGCAAUAUCCGUUUGUUUGUGACCGUUCUUCUGAUGUGCUCUGAUCGUGUGUUCUUUGUCUUUGAGUGUCUUUUGUCUCAUUCUAAGGUGUCAGGUUGUUUUAUAUAGUUUUUGAGUGUUAUUUUUGGGCCAAAAAGGUGACUAUGCUUGUUCCAAAAGUGUUCUUUAUUCCUUAACUCCAACAGGGAGAGUAGAUAUGGGAACCAUCUCUUGCACAAUUUCCAAUUUAUCACAGCUUUCACCUUUCCUUUUUGUGUUUGUGUGAUUUUAAUUUGUUUUUGUUUUUGUUACAAUAAUGUGCCUGACAUUACCAGCAGGUGUUUUUCUUUUUUUUGGGGGGUUAGAUAUAUAUUUUUAGACUGUUUUAUCCAGAGCUCCAGAUGUUCAGGCAUGAAGCAGCAUUCAGCUGGCUCUGAUUUAAGAAUGUGACAUGCAUAGACCUCGAAACUGUUAAGUGACUGUGGACCAGACAGUUUGGAGAAAGGGGGUGUGUGUGUGUGUGUGUACGUGUGUGUGUGUGCGUGCGCAUGCCGUGUAUAUAUACAGUAUACCUGCAUGUACUGGCGUGUGCUGGAUGCAUGUGUUCAAGUGUGUGUUGUUGCCGUGACUGCUGGUCUUCUUUAAAGAAAAUGGAGAGUGACAUAUACUGUGACUGUGGCGAGUAUGGUGAUGGUUAUGAUUUCAUUUUGAUGUUUUUGGCUCAUUGGCAGGGAAUAAAUGACGUGCAUUUUAAAGGAGGAAGGUGCAGCAUCUUGCAGCAGUUAUUGUAACACUCAGUGCAGCCAGGGCAAAGAGGGCUUUAAGUAUUUAGCAAAGUGAAACUACUAGAUGAUGAUUAUAAUGGCAAGUGAUGGAGUUAAAUUAUCAUUCUAAAUGCUUUUCCAAUAAAGAACGUGAUACAUUAUCAUGAUAGCUGAUUAAUGUCUACUACAGCUUGUAUGAUAGUUAGAGAUUUGUCCCGUGUCAGUACACUAAAAACGUAGCAGCAUCCAAUUAACGCAGGAUAUCUUCGAGAGAUGGAGUAAGCACAAAUAAUUGUGCAUUGUGAUUCUUUACCACUAGCGAUUGACACACACACACACACACACACACACACACACACACACACACACACACACACACACACACAGAUUUGGUUAGAGGUGCAGUUGCCAUUAGAGCCAUCCGACCUUCAGUCAUGAAUGAUUCUAUGUCCAAAAAUAAAUCCAGCUGGUAACUUCUUACAAACAGUUAUGGGAAGACACACAUUUAGCGUCAGGCGUCAUUGUCCAACUUCAGAAGCUCUUAGAAAUACAUUACAUCCUGCCUCAUCAGCUGCAGUUAACACACACACACACACACACACACACACCAUGUAUUAUCACCCCUUGCCUGACAUAAUUAUAUAAUUUGUUGUUUUUCCUCCAUCCCCAGUAACACUAUUAUCAUGAUUUUGAAAGCCACUGGUGUAGCUUCAAGUACAGGUUGUAGUAGCUACUAUGGCCUGUCAUAGUUUCAGCUGCUGGAGGAGUUUGAGAGAGAAACUAAUUACCUUAAGCCUUCCACUUGUAAGGACCGUAUAAGGACCUACACAAAUGUGUAUUUUAUUGUGAGACAUGCAGUAAUGACAACUUU